AUUUUUAUUGAUAUAAGGGAUGUUUUGAUGAAGCAUGGCUUCCUUGCAAUGUUGCGAGAGCGGUGUUGUUGGUGUUAGUGGAACAACUCUCGCUGUCAUAACAUUACGAAAUGGCACCAUUAACAGACAAAACAUUGAUAUUGAAGAGAAGAGGCUUCUACUGAAGAAGGAAAACCAAGAAGAGGAUAAGGGUAAAAUUCCAGAAAAUCUUGGAGCAGAGUUGACAAGCAAGGAAGGAGAGAACCGUAUUUUAGCCUGUAAAUUUUCACCUUCUUGGAGAUACUUUGCAGUCUGUGAUGAUACCAAGCAACUAUAUCUGUUCCACUGUGGAGAACAAUGGGAAAUGGUUAGCAACAGGGCUGUAUCUAGGAGAUGUACAGAGUUAACCUUCACACAAGAUGAACAGAACCUCCUGGUGGCAGACAAGUGGGGGGACGUCUUCCGAUUCUCUGUCACGGAACCCGAAAAAGAGGGACAACUGCUACUGGGUCAUCUAUCAAUGUUACUGGACAUUUUGACAACAAAGAGAGAUAAAUAUGUAGUGACUGCAGACAGAGACAACAAAGUCAGGAUCAGCAACUACCCCAACAGUUAUAAUGUCCACAGUUUUUGUCUUCACCACACAGAGUAUGUAUCAAGCCUUGUGUAUAAUGAAGACCAGGAUAGCAUCAUAUCAGGAAGUGGGGAUGGUAGCUUGGUAGUAUGGAAUAUGGAUGGUCAAGUGCUUUCUCAAACAUUUUGUUCCAGAGGGGAAACAACUCUUGCAAUUAAGAAAUUAGUUUUGGAAAAGAACCUCAAGUUGUUAUCUGUGAUUUUCUUUAAUUCCCCCAUUGUACAGUUAUACUCGGUGGAUGCUGGGGUGUUACAUCAUCUUCAGGAUUUACAUCUCACCAGCUCCGUGUGGGACUUGACCUUUGACUGUAAAGGUCAACUCUGGUUGCUACAGAAACAGGAAGGUGACACUGUACGGGUCUACACAUGUCAAAGGUCACAGGCUGGUCAAUUAAAGGUGGAACAGCUACAUUCAGCUCAUCCUUGUGCAGAAAACAAGGUGUUAGACAUGUUCAAUAAAGACUGGGCAUUUUUCAAAGCAUCAGAAAUGGCCCCAGACUUGUCUUUGGAUUUUAAGAAGAAGGAGACACCAGAUAACUACUCUAUUUACCUCCAGAAAAAAGAAGAUCGCAUCAAGCAAGCCCAAAACCAGCCAACAGAACCCCUACCUAAAAAGACCAAGUCCAGCUAGCACUAAUAAGACAAUAUCAAAUAGCAAAAUAAUUGACAUAAGUUUUUGAAUACAUGCACACUGUUUUUGAAGACAAUUGAAUACCUUUGAAGAUUUGAAAUAGUCUGAAGAAAUGGAAAUCAACUUAAAUUUCAAGAGAGUGUUUGAAAAACAGGAUCAGUGAUGCUGUCCAGAAUUAAGUGUGUGGACAACUACCAGUCCCUUUAGCAUACAUUGUAAAAUACUGUCAUUAGAAACCAAAUUUAAUAAAACUAAAAAGCAUAUCCCAUGUACCCAUGUCAGAACUCUUCUGUAAAGGAGUGCAGAAAUAGUAUGUUAAUUGGGAUAAGUAACACCUUCAAAGCAAAUGGACAGAAAAUUAAUUUUGUGUCUAAGUUUGUGAAUAGAAGACACAAAAUACAAUUAACAUUUAAAAAGGAAAAUGAAUAAAUAUACUACAUCUUUUAUUAUACAAUUUACAUGUAAUUGUAUUGACAAAGAAGAUUCUCUUAUUGUUUUUUUAUGAAAUGUCAAA